GCCUGGGAAAAGGGGCGGUCCGUCCUCCGCCUCAGAGCGAGCCUUCGCCGCUGCUGCUGCGCUGUCCGUCUCCCCGCUGCUGUCGUUGCUGCUGGAAUGGCGCUGAGCCUGACGGUGAACCCCGGGAACCUGCCUCUCGGAGCCUUGCUGACUGCAGAGCAUGUGAAAGAGCAUGUUAAAAUUUCAGUUGAAGAAGGCAAAGAGACCAUCCUCCGGGUAUCUGAUGAAGUUACGUUCACUGAUGUGAACUCCAUCGUUCGCUAUCUGGCCAGAAUUGCCACCUCUUCUGGUUUAUAUGGAACUAAUUUGCUAGAACACACUGAGAUUGACCACUGGCUGGAAUUCAGCACCACAAGGCUGUCUUCUACUGAUUUUGCCUUAGCAGUUCAAGAGCUCAACAAUGCCCUUUCUCUGAGAACCUACUUAGUUGGGAACUCUUUGAGUCUUGCAGAUUUCAGUGUAUGGGCAACACUAAAAGGCAGUAACGCAUGGCAGGAGCAGUUACUUCAGGCUAAUACUCUAGUCCAUGUAAAACGCUGGUACAACUUUCUUGAGGCGCAACAUAUUUUUCAGUCUGUUGGCUCCAGGUGGAUUGAGGGAGGUACCAUUCCAAAGGCUAAAAUGGCAACAGAAAAGAAACAAGAUGUUGGCAAGUUCGUUGAGCUUCCUGGUGCAGAGAUGGGAAAGGUCAUUGUUAGAUUCCCUCCAGAGGCAAGCGGAUACUUGCAUAUUGGUCACGCAAAAGCUGCUUUGUUGAAUCAGCACUACCAGGUCAACUUCAAGGGCAAGCUGAUCAUGAGGUUUGAUGAUACAAAUCCAGAAAAAGAAAAAGAAGACUUUGAAAAGGUUAUCUUGGAAGAUGUUGCCAUGCUGCACAUUAAACCAGACCAGUUUACGUACACUUCUGAUCAUUUUGAAACGAUAAUGAAAUAUGCUGAGAAACUCAUUCAGGAAGGAAAGGCUUAUAUAGAUGACACACCAGCAGAACAAAUGAAAAUGGAACGAGAGCAGAGAAUAGAGUCAAAGCACAGAAGUAACUCUGUUGAGAAGAAUAUGCAAAUGUGGGAGGAAAUGAAAAAAGGAACAGAUUAUGGCCAGACUUGCUGUCUGCGAGCAAAAAUUGACAUGAAUAGUAAUAAUGGAUGUAUGAGAGAUCCAACUCUUUAUCGUUGCAAGAACCAGCCACACCCACGAACUGGAAAUAACUACAAAGUUUACCCCACAUAUGAUUUUGCCUGUCCCAUAGUUGACAGUAUUGAAGGUGUCACUCAUGCAUUAAGGACAACGGAAUAUCAUGAUAGAGAUGAGCAGUUCUACUGGAUCAUUGAAUCCUUGGGUAUAAGGAAGCCCUAUAUUUGGGAAUACAGCCGUUUAAAUCUCAAUAAUACUGUUCUCUCGAAAAGAAAGCUCACCUGGUUUGUCAAUGAAGGGCUGGUGGAUGGCUGGGAUGACCCAAGAUUUCCCACUGUGCGUGGUGUCCUGAGAAGAGGCCUGACAGUUGAAGGACUGAAACAGUUUAUUGCUGCACAGGGUUCGUCUCGAUCAGUUGUGAACAUGGAGUGGGAUAAGAUUUGGGCCUUCAACAAAAAGGUUAUAGAUCCAGUGGCACCUCGGUAUACUGCUUUACUGAAGGAUGAAGUAGUCCCUGUGAAUGUUCCUGAAGCUCCAGAAGAAGUGAAAGAAGUGGCCAAACAUCCAAAGAAUGCUGAAGUUGGCUUGAAGCCUGUAUGGUACAGUCCGAAAGUGCUGAUCGAAGGAGCGGAUGCACAGACACUUGCAGAAGGAGAAACUGUUACGUUCAUUAACUGGGGCAACAUAAUUAUCUCCAAAAUACACAAGGAUUCCAGUGGGAAAAUCGCAUCCAUAGAUGCUAAGCUAAAUCUGGAGAAUAAGGACUACAAAAAAACGGCUAAAAUUACUUGGCUAGCAGAAACUCCUCAAGCUCCUCUCAUCCCAGCUGUAUGUGUUAACUAUGAACACUUGAUCACCAAGCCUGUCCUAGGCAAGGAAGAAGAUUUCAAGCAGUAUGUGAACAGAAACAGCAAGCAAGAAGAAUUGAUGUUAGGUGAUCCUUGUCUUAAGGAUUUGAAAAAAGGAGACAUCAUACAACUACAAAGAAGAGGCUUUUAUAUCUGUGAUCAACCCUAUGAGCCUAUUAGUCCAUACAGUUGUAAAGAAGCCCCAUGUGUGUUAAUUUAUGUUCCUGAUGGACAUACAAAAGAAAUGCCUACAUCUGGAUCUAAGGAGAAGGCCAAAGCAGAAACAGCAAAGAAAGAAGCCAGUACAACACUGAAAGGACAGUCAGCUCCAGUUGGGGUUAAUGUUUCUUGUACCGCAACCCCUAGUACAGGUCAAGACCAUUUAGCUCUUUUUAACAAGAUAGCUGCUCAAGGUGAUGUAGUUCGUGACUUGAAAUCAAAAAAGGCAGCAAAGGAAGACAUCGAUGCAGCUGUGAAACAGCUCUUGGCUUUGAAAGCGGACUACAAGGGGAAGACUGGUCAAGACUACAAGCCAGGAACUCCCCCAGUAGCUGGAAUUCAAAUUCAGCCUGUCAAGUGUGAGGCUACGAGUGUCCCCAGUAUAGACAGCAAAGCUCUUUAUGAUAAUGUAGCAGAGCAAGGAGAAGUGGUCCGGAAACUGAAAGCAGAAAAAGCACCUAAGGAUCAGAUAGAUGCUGCUGUGAAAGUGCUUCUACUUUUGAAAGCAGAGUAUAAGCAGAAAACAGGCCAGGAAUAUAAACCUGGCAACCCACCGAAGAAUGUCUUUCCUAGUGCCGUUCCAUCUGCUCCUCUUUCUUCCGUGUCCCACUGCCCAGUAGUCAGCAAAGCUCUCUAUUGCAAAGUAGCCGAACAAGGCGAAGUGGUCCGUAGACUUAAGUCGGAGAAAGCAUCAAAGGACCAAAUAGAUGCUGCUGUGAAAGUGCUUCUUGCUCUAAAGGCAGAAUAUAAACAAAUGACAGGUCAAGAUUAUAAGCCUGGACAUCCACCUGCAGUUCUUCCUUCUUCCUCUUCCUCCUCUUCCUCUGCUUCUGAUGCUGCUUCACUAUCCUGCAAUGGUGUGGCCUCUUCUGGCCAAGUAGAUGUAAAAGCUCUGUAUAGUAAGGUAGCUGAACAAGGCGAGGUGGUACGGAGACUCAAAGCAGAAAAGGUUCCCAAGGAUAAAGUGGAUGAAGCUGUAAAGCUUCUCCUUUCCCUGAAAGCUGAGUAUAAAGAAAAGACCGGGCAGGACUAUAAGCCAGGACAACCACCCUCACUUCCGGCAUCUUCCUCAAACCAGACAGCAAGCACAAAAACCAGCGGCCCUGACUCCAGUGAAGAGAAAGCACUCUUUAACAAAGUUGCUCUCCAAGGAGAAGUGGUCAGGAAACUAAAAUCAGAGAAGGCAGAAAAGGACAAAAUAGAUGCCGCGGUAAAAGAAUUGCUUCAGCUGAAGGCACAGUACAAGUUGCUGACAGGAGUAGACUAUAAACCAGUCUCCACAACUGGUGCAGAUGAUAAAGACAAGAAGAAGAAGGAGAAGGAGAACAAAUCAGAAAAGCAAAACAAGCAGCAGAAACAGAGUGAGGGACAGAGAAAGGAAUCUCAGAAAGACAAAGCUGAUGACAGCAGCCUGGGCUCAAAUGGGCCAGGAGAUGGCCAAGGACCUAAAAAACAAACCAGGUUGGGUCUAGAGGCUAAGAAGGAAGAGAACCUGGCUGAAUGGUAUUCGCAGGUAAUCACAAAAUCAGAGAUGAUUGAAUAUUAUGAUGUGAGUGGCUGUUACAUUCUCCGUCCAUGGGCUUUUGCUAUCUGGGAAGCCAUCAAGGAUUUCUUUGACAGAGAAAUCAAGAAACUUGGUGUAGAGAAUUGCUACUUCCCGAUGUUUGUGUCCCAGGCUGCUUUAGAGAAAGAGAAGACACACAUUGCAGAUUUUGCCCCAGAGGUUGCAUGGGUCACAAGGUCUGGAAAAACAGAGCUGGCUGAACCAAUAGCUGUACGUCCUACUAGUGAAACAGUAAUGUAUCCUGCCUAUGCAAAAUGGGUCCAGUCUCACAGGGAUUUGCCAAUCAAAUUGAACCAGUGGUGCAAUGUUGUGCGCUGGGAAUUCAAACAUCCACAACCUUUCUUGCGUACUCGUGAAUUUUUGUGGCAGGAGGGACACACAGCAUUCUCAACUUAUGAAGAAGCAGCAGAAGAGGUUUUGCAGAUUCUUGAUCUGUAUGCUCGUGUGUAUGAAGACCUUCUUGCAAUCCCUGUUGUGAAAGGAAGAAAAACAGAAAAAGAGAAAUUUGCAGGUGGAGACUAUACAACUACUGUUGAAGCAUUUGUCUCUGCCAGUGGGCGAGCUAUCCAGGGAGCCACAUCUCAUCACUUGGGACAGAAUUUUUCAAAGAUGUUUGAGAUAGUUUUUGAAGAUCCCAGGGUACCAGGAGAGAAGCAAUUUGCUUAUCAAAACUCUUGGGGCAUCACAACUCGAACCAUUGGUGUAAUGACCAUGAUUCAUGGAGAUAAUAUGGGUUUGGUGUUACCACCCAGGGUAGCUUGUAUUCAGGUAGUGAUUAUUCCCUGUGGCAUCACUAAUUCACUUUCGGAAGAAGACAAGGAGACCCUGAUAUCAAAAUGUAAGGACUACCAGAAGCGAUUGCUGAGUGCAAACAUCCGUGUGCGAGCUGACUUGAGAGAGAACUACUCACCUGGCUGGAAAUUUAAUCACUGGGAGCUGAAGGGUGUCCCAGUCAGACUUGAGGUGGGGCCACGAGAUAUGAAGAAUGAGCAGUUUGUAGCUGUACGGCGGGACACAGGAGAAAAGUUGACUUUCUGUGAAAAUGAAGCCGUGGAUCAGCUCAGGCGUAUUCUGGAAGAGAUCCACACUAAUCUUUACAACAGAGCUGUCAAAGACCUUAAGCAUCAUAUGGUUGUGGCUGAUACAAUGGAAGAGUUUCAGAAGGAGCUUGAAUCAGGAAAGAUAGUGCAGAUUCCCUUCUGUGGGGAAAUAGAAUGUGAGGACUGGAUCAAAAAAACUACUGCCAGGGAUCAAGACCUCGAGCCAGGUGCUCCAUCCAUGGGAGCAAAGAGUCUCUGCAUCCCCUUCAAACCUCUGCGUCAGCUGCAGAACGGAGCAAAAUGUGUUUGUGGCAAAAACCCUGCCAGGUUCUACACCCUCUUUGGCCGCAGUUAUUAAUCUGCUAGUUGGAAGCAGCAGUCUCCUUAAUUUUCUGGUCCUCUACUUUUUGAAAUAAAGACUGAAACGUUCCCAGAUCCUGUUCAGAUUUUUGUUAACUUUUUAAAAGAGCAAGAAAUAAAGCCAUAGAGUCGUGCCCCUUUAGUCAGACUAGCUGUAAUGCAGACAUUUCUGUAUACAUCAUCUCUAAUAAUAAAUAUGUAUUGUCAGCUAUCA